CAAAACUGCCGAUGAUGAUGGGCACCGCGCGGCUCUGGAAGGCGGGCACCUCUUGCGCGACGGCGCCGAUGAUGGCCAGGGAACUAAACACGCCGACGACGGCCCAGAAGAUCAUGGCCAGGUUGCCGAGCGAGGGCGGUGGCGCGUGGGUGCGGUAUCCGAGGAAAUGGGCCACCGGGGAGGGUAAAUAGGGUAGCGCGGAGGGCGGGAAGAAGGGGUUCAGGUGCUUGUCGAUGUCGAAGUGCCAUCGGGACGGGCCCCGGCGCGGAUGGUGGGUUGCCGUCAUCGCUGAUAACCAGGGGAGCAAAAAAAGACUAUCCAAGUAGUCCGGAAAUAAUAUUCAAUAUAUCUGUCCGAUGCUAACAAGUCGAGCAAAGACGAACGGAUCGGACGGUUUCUAGAUAUCAGAGCUGUCGGGAUAGAGAUGGAUGUGGUCGAGACCAAGAUGCCGGAGCAGGUGUUCACUUCGUUUUCCCCACUGGCCAACGCAAUUUCACUCCUCGAUGGCGGCAAGUUCGUCGUCUGGUGUUCGGGGCCGUCCCUCAGCCAAAGAAGAAAACGAGCGUUCUUGUACUGUGUUGUAGUUGUAGCCCGUGCCUGCUCAAAAGCUCCUCCUCCACCAGAGCGAGAACGACAACCCGGGAGACGGGUCAUUAAAAUACUGCAGCUUCCCCAUCUUUUAUUAAUUAAGCUCACCGGAGCCCGGGGGGGCUUGCCAUUUGAAUCCCGAGCGAAAUCCAGAGAACCGGUGCUCCAACUUGAACACCCAGCAAGGGCCAACAAAACUCGUGACAAAGGGAUUGCUCGAGGAGCCAACGGCGAGUUGUCCUUGGGCUCGCGCCGCCCGGGGAUUUACGUCAGAUUUGCUAAGAGAAAUUCCCGAUCUGGCUUAGCGCCGGAAGGUGUCAGAAGCCUGUCAUAUUGCGCCCUGGACGUUGGAUCUCUUGCGCAUUGGAGAUCUCCGCGGAGCCAGCCGAGGCUACUGUACAAAACUAGAAGCAGCCGUUUUCUGUUUUGGGUUUCUGUGUGUGUUUCGUGAAACGCUUUUGUUGGUGAGGUGGGCUGUUUCCAGAAGGAUGGAAGGCUGCUCCCGGCUUUCUGGGCAGGACCCGCUCCAAGGGCCAACGGCUAACGGCAAUUGGCAGCGCUGAGGAACAGGGGAAGGGUUGGCCCGUC